GAGUUCUGGUGCCGUACUUAACCCGCCCGUACGUAAUCACCGCCUCAGCGUGAGACCGCCGGACGGACGCCAUAUACACCGACGCGCCCCCACACUAAAACGUACCCGUCGGUCGUUGUCGUCUGGCCGUCGCCGCCAUAGUCCGAUUGUAUGUUCUGUACGACGCGAUCGUUGUUGGCUCGGUUACUCAUCAUUCGCCGCCACCAUGGACAACGGCCCUGAACGCGUCCCGCAGAACGACCCGCCCGCACGGUGCGACAACGAUGUCGACGUCGCAAACGAUGGCGGCAACGACGACGACAACGCGGUCGACGUCGCAAACGAUGUCAACGCCGGAGACGAUGGCGGCAACGACAACGCAGUCGACGUCGCAAACGAUGGCGGUAACGUCGACGGAGUCGUCGGCAACGACCGCACCGCCGAAACCGCUGCUAUUAUUCCAUCUCCUAGUCAUAAACCUGUUAUACCUUCUCAAAGUUCUAAAUACAUCACAAAAUCACCAGAGUCUACCAUACCUAUCUGUGAUAUGAAAAUUUAUGAAAAUCGUCUAAAGACUUUUAAAAAAUGGCCAUUAAAAUUUAUUACACCCGAUAAAUUGGCCAGGGCUGGAUUUUAUUAUACAGGUAUUCAAGAUAAAGUGAAAUGUUUAUACUGCCCGAUUGAAAUUGAAUACUGGGGAAAAGAUGACGAUCCGUAUAUAGAACAUAAAUUAAUAUCUCCACAAUGUCAAUAUUUUAAAGAAAAACAAGAAUUUAAUUUGUGUGAACAUAAAUCCGAUGUUAUGACUGCAUAUGUUCAGAAUUUCUUAUGUUCUGUUGGUAUUAUGACAGAAACAAGUAUGAGAGUUCACUUUAAUUAUAAAGCUUUGACCUCUUUGGAAUCUCGUUUGAAGACAUUUGAAACAUUCACAAAAAAACUAAACCAUGAUGUUUUAACUUUUUGUAAAGCUGGAUUAUUUUACUUAGGUGAAAAAGAUAGGAUGAUAUGUUUCUGCUGUAAUCAAGGUCUGAUGGAUUGGGAAAUUGAUGAUGAUCCUUGGGUUGAACAUGCACGUUGGUCACCACUUUGCAGUUAUGUUCUUUUAAGUAAGGGCAAGCGUUUUGUGGAAGAGGUUGGUGGUGAAGUAAACUAUAGUUUACAAAUGAAUAUGGAGGAAUUGAAUAAGUUAUUUACAAUUCACAGACAUCUAGCUGUUGACAGUGAUACAUUGAGGAAUUUGGAAACAUCAGUAGAAAAUAAUACAUUCUCAGACUAUGUAGAACCUGUGACUAUUAUACGUGUAAAUCUACAGGAACCACCAAUACCUGAUUCAGUCUUGUGCAAAAUUUGCUUUAAAGAAAAAUUGGAAGUUCUUUUCAUGCCUUGUCGUCACGUUAUUGCAUGUAUCCAAUGUGCAGUAACGCUUGAACUGUGUGCUAUAUGCAGACAGCCAUUUACUAUGACUAUGAGAGUUGGCAUUUAUGUUACUAACUUAAAACAAUUCAGUCAAGAAUGUUUUGGAUCAGAGAAUGCAAAUGAAUUAAUUGAUCCAGUUCUUUGUAAGAUUUGUUGCAAAGAACAAAUGCAAGCUGUAUUUCUACCGUGUAGACACAUAUCUACUUGUUAUACAUGCGCCUCAAAAGUAAAACAAUGUUUAGUUUGUUUUGAACCAGUUUUUGCAUAUAUGCAAAUAUUCAUAUAGCAUUUAUAAAGAUGAACUGAUCUACAACUAAAAUUAAUAUAUCAAAACAGUUAAAUAUACAAAUAUGAAUUAUAAUUUUUUUUUUUUUUUAUGUUCAGUUUAAUAUUAGUUUGUUAAUCAUUUAUUAAGAAUUUAUAACGCUAAGAAUCAAGUUAGAAUUAAGUGAAUGGAACAAUAUUGUCGUACUUGACUGAUUACUUGUCUAAUGUUGCAUUCAUAUAUGACUAGAUUAAACCACUCAUACAUUUUUUUACCACCCCUAUUUAUUAUUGUAUAAAUAUACUGUCAUUGAUAAUAUAAUUUACAUUACUUGUAUUAUUAUUAAAAAACUUGCUUUAACUUUAAUAUGAAUAAAGUAAUACCUUGGAUAUUAUCCAAUUUAUUGAAUAGAAUAUAAUUAAAUGUAAUAUUAAGUUGAAAUUGUCUAUUUAAGUGUUACUCCCAAAAAUGUACACGAUGAUACAAAAUAGUUAUCUUAUUAUUUUCUUGUACUUUACCUUACUUAUCUUUACAUUAAAUGCCAAUUUUUAUUGAUUCUCGUGAUUCCAAACAUCAGUACUACUGUUCUAUCAAGUAUUAAUAAUUAA